AUGGUUGUAAGAUCACUUGAAGUGGAUAAGGACCCUUUCCGUCCUCGGGAAAAUGAUGAAGAAAUUCUUGGUCCUGAAGUACCAUACUUAAGUGCAAUUGGAGCAUUGAUGUAUCUUGCUAGUCAUACAAGACCUGACAUAUCAUUUUCUGUGAAUUUGUUAGCAAGGUUUAGCUCAUGCCCAACCCGUAGGCAUUGGAAUGGGAUUAAACAUGUACUUCGUUAUCUACAAGGUACAAAAGAUAUGGGUUUGUUCUUUCCUAAUUUAUCAAAAGAAGGUUUAGCUGGUUUUGCAGAUGCAGGAUAUUUAUCUGAUCCUCAUAAUGGCCGAUCACAAACUGGAUAUCUGUUCACAUGUGGAGGUACUGCCAUUUCUUGGCGUUCUAUGAAACAAACUAUUGCAGCUACUUCCUCUAACCAUUCUGAGAUAUUAGCAAUUCAUGAGGCUAGUCGUGAAUGUGUAUGGCUACGGUCUGUGAUUCAACAUAUAAGAGAAGAUUGUGGUUUAUCCUCCGAGAAAGAGGCACCAACAAUUUUAUAUGAAGAUAAUGCAGCAUGUAUUGCACAACUCAAGGAAGGAUACAUCAAAGGUGAUAGAACAAAGCACAUAUCACCAAAAUUCUUUUUCACUCAUGAACUUCAGAAGAAUGGCGAUAUAAAUGUCUUGCAGAUUCGUUCAAGUGAAAAUUUGGCAGAUUUAUUUACUAAGGCGCUUCCUACUGCUACAUUUAAAAAGUUGAUUCACCUCAUUGGUUUGCCCCGUCUCAAAGAUCUUUAG